GGGGUUUGUUUUGGACACAUGGAGGUAUGAGACCUAGCUUACGUACACGCUGGACAAUAACCUCCCGCUGCAGAAACUAGCGACUGUCAGUGGCCCCCCAUGCGGUGGUGAAGAUGCAGCGGUUGUGCCGUGUGUCCCUGGCCGCGUUGGCUCGGGGGGGUGGGGGCUGCUGCCGAUCUCCCCGUAGGCUGAGCAGCGCUGACAGAAGACCCCCCGUGCCCCUAGGGGGCAGAGUGCUUACCAACCCUGACUGUGUCUUCCAACACAACAUGUGGUACGCCAUGGCAACGCAUACUGAGGAGGAGCGAGAGAACGCCAGGCAGAGAGCGGAGGAGAACUCCUCGGAGCGGAUUCCUCAAGAGGAGCGAGCUAAGUACGAGAGAGACGCCAGUCAGUUUUGGGACGGCUUUUACGAGACGCACCAGAACAAGUUCUUCAAAGACCGCCGCUGGCUCAUCCAGGAGUUCCCAGAGCUGCUGCCCCCGGGGCUAGACUCCGCUUCGGCUUCUGCCGCCGCCGCCGCCGAGGAGGCCCUGGGUGCCGUCUCUCUGGCUGCUGGGGCGCACAGUGAGCCAGGGGAAGGGCGCCGACAGGAGGGCUCUGCUGCCCAGUCUGUGCUAGGUGGAGGGAGAGAGGAGAUCCAGGAUGUUUCCUGUGCUGCGCAGAAACAGGAAGUGCAGCCCGAGAAGGAGGAAGUGCAGCUGGAGAAAAGGGCAAUGCUGCCCGGCAACCAGGAAAGGCGGCCCGGUGCGGGAGACAGCUGUGGUUUCCCCGGAGACCGAGCAUCUUUCAGGAUAUUAGAGGUGGGGUGUGGAGCUGGAAACAGUGUGUUUCCCAUCAUCAGUGCCAUCAGGGGCCGAGGGGGGUUUCUGUACUGCUGUGACUUCUCCUCACGGGCCGUGCAGUUGGUUAAGGAUCACCCGGACUAUGAUGGCUCUCUGUGCCAUGCCUUUGUGCAGGAUGUGUGUGAUGAGACGGCCUCCUUUCCUUUCCCCCCUCACAGUCUUGACGUCAUCCUCCUGGUCUUUGUGCUCUGUGCUAUUCAACCCCAUAGGAUCCAAGGAGUGGUGGACAGGCUGGCCAGCUACCUGAAGCCCGGUGGUGUGGUUCUGUUCCGCGAUUAUGGCAGAUACGACUUGUCACAACUGCGCUUUAAAAAAGGUCAGUGUUUGUCGGAGAACUUCUACUCACGGCGUGACGGGACCUGUGUGUACUUUUUCACCAAAGAGGAAGUUCAUGACUUAUUCACCACUGCCGGUCUGGAGGAGGUCCAGAACCUGGAGGACCGCCGGCUGCAGGUCAACCGGGCCAAGAAGGUGGUGAUGCGCCGGGUUUGGAUGCAGAGCAAGUUCCAGAAACCUCUCCAGCCGCCACGGGCCAGCUAGCACACUGCCCUAAAGACUACUGUGGGCUAUCGAACCUACAGACACACAUUUUCAUCAGCAUCUUGUUAUGCUUUUGAAAGAUGGAUGCGUCUUUCUGAUGUGUUUUUUUUAUGUCUAUCAUCAAGCCUGUGUUAAGGAACAAUAUUACAGUAUGCACUGUGUAAAACUCACCAACCAACAAUGGCCAGCUAACAAACUGGGAUGACUGAACCAAUAGACGCAUUUUCAUCAUAAUCUUAGUAUGUCACUGAAGGAUAUUUCUUUAUUUUAAAGAAGGAUUACUCUUCCUCAUGUUUUCUGUGAAGAUCCCCAGUUUCCCUUGAGUGAACAGCAACUGCAGCGAUGGCAUGAACUCUCAGUAGACUUUAUGAAAAGUUAGUUGUGUUUUGAAAGGUUUCACUAACCUUACGUCACUUACCUCUGGUUUUGAACAACAGAAGAAAUCUGUGCAUGAUUUAAUAUCUCUGAAAUUAUCAUAAGAAUUAAAGAUGUUUUGUACUA